UGCUUCUUAGCCAACUCGGCUUGGCGGUUUAUAGGAUAUCAUUCUUUCGUUUUUGAUUGUUGUUGACAAAUAUGUCUCAGGUCUUGCCGCCUACCCAUCUCCGCUGAUACAGCUACACCGAGUAAUGUAGCCAAGGCGAGCCCUCCAAUGGACUCGACGAAACCCAAGCCGAAGCGCACUCCGCGGAGGGCUGCAAAGGAUCGAUUUGAAGAGGAGAAGCUGAUGACUAGUGACAAGUCUCAGCUCAUUGACAUAGACCUUGUAAAAUUGCUCGCGCUUCCUGAAGCCUGGACCUGUCUCGACGAAGAUGAGAAGAAAGAAAUUUUGAGUCUACUUCCUAGUGACACGCAUCCGAAUCCAACCCCCCCGCCAGAUGACCCCGACGCAAAGAUCCCCCCUCUACCAAAUGACUUUUUGCGCUACUCCAACAAUUGGCGUGAUGGCAUCCGCCACUUUCAGUUAGACCUUCAAAGUGGACGCUAUGAUCCUCAAUGGAUCCAAGAGGCUGAACAGGCCGUCCGGGAUCGGGCUGCAGGCAAGUUCGACAAAUUUAAAGAACAGGAGUUUGAGGAGUUCUGGGGCCAAAAGCAGAAAAUGGAUAGAUACAUAGCUGCUGGGGAGAGCUCCCGGGUCAAAAUAGGUACGCUCAUUGAGCAUGGGGUUAUUCGGAAGGGUGACAUUUGGAAAUGGUCACGCAGCUUCGGCCGCCGCCCAAAGGUUCUGGUCGAGAAGGAGGCCAAGAUUAUUGACAUCAAUGGCACCCUGUUGACGUUCGUUGUUCCUGCGGGUCAGCGUGUGUUUCUAAAAAGCACAGAAACAGGCCCGUCAGCCCCAGUGUCGUCAUCAUUCGAUGGUGCUGCCACGAUGGGCACAGAGGCUGGACCUUCUAGGAAGCGCAGUGCUGAGCCUGCAGACGACGUCGCCGCCACAAAACGACAGCGGGGACGCCCGGGCAAACAGGAGACUACUACCGUCGAGGAGAAAGCCUGUAACAUUUCAGUGGAAAUCAUUAAUGCUGUCCCCAAACCCGAAAUCACCUCGUCCUUGUCUGAUGUGAAUGACAACCCCGGAUCAUCAGCAGAAGUUCAGAACGGCGAGUCUCAAUCUGUUCAACAAGCGCCGGAGGACAUAGAACCUGUUGAUGUUGAACCACCACAAUAUGCACCUGAAACAAAAGGGGAAAUGCCUGUGGACGUGGAACCCUCACAGUCAACCUCCGAAUCGAAUGGGGAGUACGACGAGGUGGUCAUUCCCGACGUACAAGGUCCUAGUGCACUUACACACAAAAUACUGGAAAUUGACGGUCGUGUUACGAAUGCCACCAAUGGGAAUGCGUGGAAAGAACUCCGCUGUUACAGAGAUAACCAAGACAUGGGCACUUUGUGGGAAGUCAGGCAGGCUUGGUUUGCGAAAAAGAAGUAGCCUGCCUUUCGUGUGAAGAGGCAACGUUGUUCCAGUUUCUUUUCUAGGCGACAAUGAUAUCGACACUUAAUACCCUUCUAGCUAGAGAAUUAUAACUCGAUUUCCGUCCGGGACGGAUUUUUCGCUACCAUCAUAGCUAAAAUCAUGAAAAAUGCAUACUUUAAGAUCUUUUUA